AUGGAUUGUCCGCUCGGGAGCGACAGCCACUGGGGCCCACGAGUAGUUUCCCACUGCCGCUCGUUCGAUUUCACGCUGGCCUUCGAAGAUGCUGUCUUCGGCCUUCCCCCGAGUGCAAUAUUCCUGCUCCUGGUGCCCACGGUGUGGUGGUGGGGACGAGACGCGCCGAGACAGCUAUACUCCGGUCGACUGGCGGCCGUGAAAGUGACACUACUGUCUUUAUUAGCCGUCCAAGUGGUCCACACGGUCUUGCGCACUCUUGACGAGCGCCUGCAGACCACCUGGGCCCUUCCAGUCGACAUCGUCAAUAUCGUUGGCCUGACCGUGGCACUCGCAAUGUCAGUCUGGGAGGACCAGCAUCGUGUCGAUCCCUCCGUCGUGCUGGUUCUCUACUUAAGCGCGCAGCUGGUGCUUAUCCUGCCGCAAACCCGCUCGGUCUGGCUGAUCACCGGGUCUUCGGCCGUCUCCAUCCUCGGCACGCUGAAGACGAUCCUGACGCUGGCCGUGCUGGUCACGGAGUCGUGGUGGAAGACUCGUUGGCUGCGCAAGCCAGGGCUGACCAUCGAGCAGCGGUGUGACUUUUGGACUCGGGCUCUCUUUGCCUGGACGUGGACGACAUUCCGUCGUGGAUUUUCCACCGUGCUCGAUCUCGACGAGUUGCCCCAAGUGGACAAGGCAUUGCAGGGUCACGACGCCGUCCGUCGCCUGCGCGAUGCGCAUGGGGCUGUAUUCUGGGCCUUUCGCGCGUCCUUCCUCUCUGCCGUCGUGCCGCGGUUAUGUGUCUCGGCGUUCACAUUCUGCCAACCGUUUCUCAUCACGGCCGCUGUGCGAUUCUUGACCAAGGACGGCCAUUCUGAGGAUGCUUCCAACAAGUCCAGAGGACUGAUAGCAGCAUUCCUGCUGGUUUACGUGGGCUUGGCGCUCUCCAACGCCGUCUACUGGCGCCAGUCAUUCCGGUUUCAGUCCCGCGUCCGGGCAGGAUUGAUUCAACUGCUCUAUGAGCAGUCCAUCCGCAAGAGUCCGGCAGCCCUUGCAGACCGAGCUUCGUUGACCAUGAUGAGCACCGAUGUGGAGCGCAUCCUCUCCGGCCUUCGGUUUGUACAUGAGCUGUGGGCUGCACCUCUGGAUGUCGGGGUUGCUGUCUGGCUCCUGCAACGGCAGUUGUCCGUGGCCGGCGUUGUCCCCGUGGUGGUGGCCCUUGGGUGUCUUCUAGCCAUGUCCCGUGUCUCCGUGCUUGGGAAGCCCCGACAACAGCGGUGGGUCGAGCGGAUCCAACACCGGGUAGAGACCACCACGGUCAUUCUGGAAAAUAUGAAGGCCGUGAAGAUGCUAGGACUGCCCCAGGUCGCCAGGAAUCUGAUCCACCGGCUACGGGUGGUGGAAUUGGACACAUCACGACGGCUGCGGCGCGUGAUUAUCUGGCAGUUGUUUCUGGCAGAUCUGCCCCCGGAGCUGGCCCCGAUGGCGACAUUCGCCAUGUACAGUAUUCUAGCUGCGCUGCACCCGGAUCGGGCUCUGCUCGCGUCUCGCGCUUUUACGGCGCUCUCCCUGAUCUCGAUCCUCACCACCCCCUUGAUUAUCUUUAUGCAGGCAGUUCCCUCAUUUAUGCAAUGUCUGGGCUGCUUUGAGCGCAUUCAGGAGUUCUGCGACAUCGGGGCCCCCGCAUCGCCCGUCUCCCCGCCCCAGCCGGAGGAACAGAAGGAGCCCAAAGAGUCAUCUUCGAUGGUCUACGAAUGUCGCGGAGCAAGAUUUGCCUGGGCCUCCAAGGAGCCAGAGGUUCUGCACGGGCUCGACCUCACGCUGCGGCCCCAGUCCGUCACCAUGGUUGUUGGGCCUGUGGGCGCGGGCAAGUCGGCACUGCUGGCCAGCAUGAUUGGUACCACAGUAAAGGUGGCCGGUCACAUUCUGACUCAAAACCCCCGGGCUGCAUACUGCCCGGCCGAGCCGUGGAUUCUGAACCAGUCGAUCCAGCAGAAUAUCACCGGGUUCGGCCAGUUCGACCAAGCUUGGUACCGACACGUGCUGUGGCUCUGCGCCCUCGACGUCGAUCUAUCUAUUCUUUUGCAGGGGGAUGAGACCGUCGCCGGAAGCAAUGGUGUGUCUUUGAGUGGUGGACAGCGGGCGAGGAUUGGACUGGCCCGGGCGAUCUUCUCUCGUCGACCGGUGCUGCUUCUGGAUGAUGUGUUCAGUGGUUUAGAUGCACACGCGGUUUCUCUGAUUUCCCGCCGCCUCUUAGGAUCCGAGGGCUAUUGCCACCGAGCCCAGGUCACCGUUGUGCUGGCAACCCAUAAUCAAUCCCUACUGCAGUACGCGGACAAUAUUCUUUUCCUCAACCUUGGAAAAAUCGCCUAUCACGGUCCUUUCAACAAUCUACCACCGACUCUGUUGUCCGAGCUUUCCCACGCUGGGUCGCCUCAAUCGAACCCUGACGAUGAGUGUCCAUCCCCCGAGCCAAGAGCCAGCAAACCCCCUAGUAUAUCAUCGCGGGAGGAUGGCGACUCGUCCAGACUUGUGGCAGAGAAGGGAGAGUCGGAUUGGACGCGGCGCGAGGGCAGCUGGUCUGUUUAUCACUACUAUGUCCAGGCGGCUGGCCAUCGAUGGAUCAUUCUCUUCCUUGUCCUCUUGGCUAUCAACGCGACAGCCUCCAACUGUUCCGUGGUCUGGCUCCAAAAAUGGUCGGAUGCCAACAGCCGGACGCCCAACCAGUCUCUCGGCAUGUACCUCGGAAUAUACAUCAUGAUAUUCGCUGAGACGACGAUGAACAGGGUUCUCAUGAUGAACAUUAUCACCAAUACAGGACUUCGACUGCAUUCCCACCUCCUCGGCGCUGUAAUGGGUGCCCCGUUUAGCUUUUUUCGCGACGCUGAUAUAGGCGAAAUCACAAACCGAUUCAGUCAGGAUAUGGAUCAGAUUGACUUGCAGCUCCCGAUGAUUGCCGUCAAUACAAGCAUCAGUCUCGCGCAGUGUCUGGGGAAGCUCAUCAUCCUCUGCAUCAAGUCCAAAUAUUUAGGCAUCGCGGUUCCCGUCAUUUUGAUCGUUGUCUACGGUAUUCAAGCGGUUUAUCUACGCACAUCGCGCCAGAUUCGUCUGCUAGAUAUCGAAGCGCGCGCCCCACUAUUCACUCAUUUCCUAGAGACCAUCCAGGGGAUCGCCGUCCUGCAGUCGUUGGGCUGGGAGUCUAGCAUGACCCGUCAGGGGGCCGUGCUGGUUGACCGGUCACAGCGGCCGGAGUACCUCCUCUCCUGCAUUCAACAGUGGUUGGCCCUUGUGCUGGACCUGAUGACGGCUGGCGUUGCCGUACUGGUUGUGGUGCUGGGCACCCAACUCCCGUCCCAGGUAAGCCCCGGCACCAUUGGCGUAUCGCUGAACAUGCUCCUCGGUUUCAGCCAGUCCCUCAAACUCGUCAUGCGCUACUGGACGCAGCUGGAAACCUGCAUCGGGUCGGUGGCACGCGUCCAGCGUUUUGUCCACGAGACUCCGUCCGACCAUCGAGAGCCUCCGACGCUCGCGUUACCUCCCGAAUGGCCUGCCCAGGGGGGUAUCGCCAUCAACCACGUCAGUGUGGGCUACCGAGGGACCGAGUCCCGGCCAAUCCUGCAGGAUAUCAAUUUGUCUAUCCGCCCCGGCCAAAAAGUUGCCAUCUGCGGCGGGUCCGGUAGCGGCAAGACAACGCUGCUCCUCGCGCUGUUGCAGCUGGUGGAUGUGCACAGCGGGAGCCUCGAGAUCGACGGUCAAAACCUGGGUGCGAUCCCAAUCACAGAGGUGGCGUCCCGCAUCGCCGUCGUCCCGCAAGAGCCCUUCCUGAUGCCCGGUCGACUGCGAUUCACUCUCGACCCAACCGAUCAGAUCCCGAGCGACACGAUGGAGGCGGCCCUGCGCGCCGUGGGAUUAUGGGAGCGACUCUGUCCAGACGGUGAUCUCGAGGCCUGCAUCACCGUGUCUUCCUUGUCGAUGGGGGAACGGCAGAUGCUGUGUCUGGCCCGCGCCCUUUUGCACCGCCGGUCUAUCCUCCUUCUCGAUGAAGCCAUGAGCAGCGUGGACUACCACACCGAAGAUCUAAUGCAAGAUAUCAUCGACCGCCAUUUCGCCUCUCAGACCGUCGUAGCCGUGGUUCAUCGACUCCGUACCAUCCGCCAGUUCGACCGCGUCGUAGUCCUGCAGCAAGGGCGCCUAGUGGAAGACGGCUCCCCCGACGAGCUACUGGGUCGUGACUCGGCGCUGUCGGCUUUGUACCGUGCCUCCGUGGCAGCGCCAGAUUCGGAUCGUCGCUGA